AGUAAUUCUGUUGUAUUCAAAUUAAUUAAUGCAACAGGAAAUGCUACAGUUGUUGCCGGUGAAUUUGGUAUACCUGGUGGUCCACCAUCUCAGUUUAAUUAUCCGUACGGCGUAUAUGCUGAUAGUGGCACAUUUUAUGUUUCGGAUUCACAAGAUGAUAUGGUUUUCAAAUUUUUCUCUAAUUCAACCAACGGAACUAAUGGAACCGUUGUUGCAGGCAGUCUGGGUGACUCAACUAUACUUGGUGCACCAGCUGGUAUCUAUGUUGUUAGUAGUUCAGGAAAUCUCUAUGUAGCUGAUAAUGGUAAUUCCAGUGUGGUACGAUGGUCACCGGGUGCAGAUCCCAGUACCGGUCGUGUAUUUAUCGCUAAUGAUACUCUGACUGCUAUACUUGAUGUUAUAGUUACUGCAAACGAACAAACACUGUUUGUAACUGAUGCCAAUUCUGUCAAAAAGUUUACCGUUGGUGUUAACACUGCUACGAUAUUCGCUGGAAAUGCAACAGCAGGUUCUGGUCCUUACCAGUUCAAUGGUGCAGCAGGUUUAGCUUUGGAUUCAACUGAGCAAUAUUUAUACGUAGUCGAUUCGGGCAAUAACAGAGUUCAAAGAUUUUAUAUUCCAAGUUGUUAA